UAGUAUCGGCACCUAUCAUCUCUAAAUAUUUCUCACUGCAUAGGAAAGGGAUAACUAUGGCAAAUCAAUCAUCUGAGCUAGCCAUUGAACAACUGAAGAAGCUUCUCAGAGAGAAGGAGGAACUUAAUGGGGUGGCCACAGCAAAAAUUGAGCAGCUUAUAGUUGAAUUACAGGGAUGUCAUCCAAAUCCAAUUGAACCUGCUGAUCAGAGAAUCAUUGAUGGUUUUACGUACUUCAAGCUCAACAAUUUCAACAAGAACCCGGAACUGUAUGAUCGACUUGCUAAAGGCCAGUCUCCCAAGUUUAUGGUAUUUGCUUGUUCCGACUCUCGAGUGAGUCCCUCUGUUAUCCUGAACUUUCAACCUGGUGAAGCUUUCAUGGUUCGAAACAUUGCUAACAUGGUCCCUCCAUUUAAUCAGUUAAGAUACAGUGGAGUUGGUGCAACCCUUGAGUAUGCUAUUACAGCUCUAAAGGUGGAGAACAUCUUGGUUAUUGGACAUAGUCGCUGCGGCGGAAUCUCAAGGCUUAUGAAUCAUCCAGAGGAUGGUUCUGCUCCAUAUGACUUCAUAGAUGAUUGGGUGAAAAUUGGUUUAUCUUCCAAAGUCAAGGUUUUGAAAGAACAUGAACGCUGUGAUUUCAAAGAACAAUGCAAAUUCUGUGAAAUGGAAUCAGUGAAUAACUCAUUAGUGAACCUGAAGACAUAUCCAUAUGUUGAUAGAGAAAUAAGGAACAAGAACUUAGCUCUGUUGGGAGGUUACUAUGAUUUUGUGAGUGGAGAAUUCAAGCUUUGGAAGUAUAAGAAUCAUGUCACUGAACCUGUUACCAUCCCUCUAAAAGGCCUUGACAUGACCAUCUAAAUCCUCAAGGAAUGAAGCUUUGAACCACUAUCUCAACUCUCAAGUGACUAGUUAUUUUAUACUAUGUACUUUUGUUUUCGGUUGUUCUUGUCUAAUAGUUUGGUUGUAAGGAUAUUUUAUGUGAAAUUUGGAAUCAUUAUAAUGUCCUUUUUCCGUGUUUAUUUGAGUAUGUGUUGGUCUUUAGGCCAAUAAAAAAAACUAUGUACUUUUAAAUUCUAAUUAAAUAAAUAAUUUGAGAGAUUUCAAAAA